AUGGUACCAUUAUACACUUCCAACAAUUGGAUUUGUGUUCUUACUUUUUUCAACUUUUGCCAUCAUUGCUGCCAUUAUCGAAGCAAGAAAAUGCUCGAAAAAUGUAUUCCUGCUAUCAUAUUCUGCGUAGAAACGCAAGAGAUGAGAAUUUGCAAAAAGUAUUCAAGUGAAGGAAGAAACAAGCAAAAUCAAGAAGACACCGCUACUUCAUUUUGUAUUUUACUGAUUGAACUCAUACUAUUUGUGAAAUUUCAAAUAAAUCAACAAAAUUUGACACAAGAGAUUGCCAUUCAAACAAAUGGAAUCGUAUACACUUCAGAUCGAUAUCCCAGAUCAGGUCACUCAGUCAAUUCACAAUUUAUACAGACGUGUACUACAACUCGUUCUGCUAUAUCAACUGCAUGCUGA